AUGGAGAAGUAUCACCGAUUAUAUUUAGAUGCUGAAGAGAGGCUAGACAGGUUGAUAGAACGAUGUAGAAAUGAUAGACAGGUGGACUUGAAGGGCUAUGAAGAAAUAGAAUUAUAUAGAAGAUAUCCAAGCUCUACAGAAGGUGAUGAUGGUUGUGAUAAAGUUUGGACCAGUGAUGAUGAAAGUAAUCCGAGUAGUGGAAGCGAAAGUAGGGAAAGUAGUGCCGGUAGUAACAGAUCACGCACCAAACCAAUUAGUAAACAUCCACCAUUUAAUAAAGAUCCUCGCCAUCGAACCAGAAAUAGACCCGAUCUCCUUUCUCCUUUACAAUUAAAUAUACCAGCAUAUGCGAAAUCAAGUCGUGAUUCAGGACUGAGCUCUGGGGAUCCAUCUCCCAACAUGAACACGUCCACUACCUCCUCUCCCAAUACGCCUACCCAACCAGGUUACACCGAGGAUGUUCUUGCUAGUCCAGACGUAGCAUCUCUAGUCGCCUCCAGACCACAUUUAUUACGUUCCCAGAGUACCACUGAUACCAAUAAUCAACUGUCCAGAAUACAGGAUAGAUCUAGGGCAGCAACUCUGUCCAUCUCUAAUUCAAGAUUGAGAGAAAUAACAGAUCCUAUAGUACAGAUGUUGGUUCAACUUCAUAAAAUAAUCUACAUCACACAGCUACCACCAACUUUAAGUCCCAAUUUUGAGAGAAGAAAAAUCGAUGAGUAUAAAAGAGCGUUAUUUUCACGACACAGUCAUGCUGUCAGUUUAAAAACUGAGUUAAAAAAGUUAAUGCAAGGUUGUCAUGACGUAGUUGAUAUUCUGACCAAUCCAGCUGAUAUUUUACGACGACCACUGUCAUCAGGGUUAGAUCGUGAUCCCUCGGGUCUAUGUUGUUCUGAUCGAGAAAUAAAAGAAAUGGGAAUAACAUAUGAACAGUUACAUAAUUUAAUAGAAAAAACUCUGAAUAGUACUGGAUAUUAUAGUGUAGCUUACAGACAGAGAGAAAAAACACCACCAUUUAGUCCCAUUGCUAAACACACCUCUAGACUUUCUUGA